AUGCAGCAAAUGCAGCAAAUUUCCCAUGAGGUUCUACCUGAAGACUUUUACAUCCCUGUAUCCCUGAGCACCACCAACAUUACAGCACUCAGCCCAUUUCUGGUGCCUCAGACCCACCUGGGAAGCCCAUCACUCUUCAUGGUGCUUGCAGUAUUUAUGUUCUUCCUUAUUGUCACUGGACUUCCCAUCAACAUGCUGACAAUCAUCUGUACUUUCAAGUACAAGAAGCUUCGCUCCCAUCUCAACUACAUUCUGGUGAACCUGGCUGUGUCCAACCUGAUUGUUGUAGGUAUUGGGUCCACCACUGCCUUUUACAGCUUUUCACAGAGGUAUUUUAAACUGGGAGCCAUGGCAUGCAAAAUUGAGGGCUUUGCAGCCACUUUGGGAGGAAUGGUUAGCUUGUGGUCUUUGGCUGUUGUGGCAUUUGAAAGAUUCCUGGUUAUCUGCAAGCCCAUUGGAAAUUUCACAUUUCGGGGAACCCAUGCAAUUAUAGGCUGCAUAGUCACCUGGGUGUUUGGACUGGCGGCAUCAACUCCUCCAUUCUUUGGCUGGAGCAGAUAUAUCCCUGAAGGCCUCCAAUGCUCCUGUGGCCCAGACUGGUACACUACUAAUAACAAAUGGAACAAUGAAUCCUACGUUCUCUUCCUUUUCUGCUUCUGUUUUGGGUUUCCUUUCAGUGUUAUACUUUUCUCCUACACAAGACUUCUUAUGACACUCAGAGCAGUUGCCAAGCAGCAAGAGCAGUCUGUUUCUACUCAGAAGGCUGAACGUGAAGUAACAAAGAUGGUGAUUGUCAUGGUUCUGGGUUUUCUAGUGUGCUGGUUACCCUAUGCUUCCUUUGCUCUCUGGGUGGUCUCACACAGAGGAGAAUCCUUUGACCUUGCACUAGCCUCUGUUCCAUCUGUCUUCUCUAAAGCCUCCACUGUCUAUAAUCCUAUGAUCUAUGUUUUUAUGAACAAACAGUUCCGUUCUUGUAUGUUGAAGCUGAUAUUCUGUGGUAAAAGCCCCUUUGGAGAUGAUGAUGAUAUUUCUUCUGCCUCACAGUCCACUCAGGUUGCUUCAGUCUCAUCCAGCCAGGUUGCUCCAUCAUAAAGCAUGCAUGUUAAAGUUCCAUUCCAAAAAGAAAACAAAAGAAAAAGAAUGAGGAAGAAAGCAGUGAAGACUGGACUGAUAUCACACAACAAAAACAUUGCAGAGAAACAAAGUUAGAUUAAAACAUGGCACCACCGGUUGUGUCAUCGCAGGCCACUGCAGUGUCAUGUCUUCUUACACAUCAGCAGAAUGGAAAGGAUAAGCACUGGAUAGACUGAGAAUUCCAACAAUCCACAGUGCAAGACCAUUAUAAUGGUAAACUACAAAAAUAGCCCCUGCAUUAACCAGCUAGUUAUCUAUAUGCUCUACAGUUUCUGACAUUUUAGGAUCAUGAUCACAUCAAUAUUACAUAUAAUCUAAUGUAUUGCUGUUCAGUUUUGUAGUACACUGGUGCUCAAGUUUUACUCACCUUCCACCAAUUUCCUAAGAAGAUACAACAUUAGAAAUGAAUUCAUGUAAAGGCUCACCAUUUUAUAUAAUACCAAUUGAAAGAAGACUUAAGUUAUUACAGAAAUGAUGUGCAUUCCCCGUAAGGGUUACAGUAUAAAUACUCAUAAAGAUAAAGUAAUGUUAAAAAGGCAUCAUUUUGCAUCUUCUGAUUAUUAUGGCCUUCAUUUCAUUAUGAGUAUCUAGUCAAAGCCAUUCAUGUGGGGAUUUCAAUUGUGUCAAGUUUUAACUGAGAACUCUAGAGGUUUGCUGGAACUGCACACCUUGUUAGGCAUUGUACGUGUAACAGUCACUGAGGAUACAUAAUGUUCCUUACACAAAGAGAACUGUAAGAAAAUUAUGUUGAUAAAAGUGAAAUAGUUAAGAACAUAUUUCUGUGCUCAUCCAUCCAUUCAUCAAUCCAUCCACAGCCCCUUUUUCCCAUUUUUGCACAUGGGAUCAGGGUGUCACUUCAACAGUGGCAAUCAUCUAGAGCCACAUUACCACUAAUUUAUUUUUGUUUAAAUGUUGUGUCCUUUGUGGGCAUGAAGUUCUUUUCUGUGAAGCUGAACUAUUACUCAUGGUUAUUGGUAUAUAUUCUCAGUUACACAUGCAGGUAGGUAGUACAGUGUAAGCUGUGGGUAGUCUGCACACAGAAGGACAUUUGUACCUCAUCGGCAAUUGUUAUGGUAUAAUUGCUGACCUCGUUAAGUAACAUACAAAUGCAAUCAGUUGGAUGCAAUGUAGUAUGUUCUAUGUCAAAUCCAGACAGGUUAUAUAUAUGGUAAGAAAAAGUAAUAUUAUAUAACAUAUUAUAACAACAAAUUAAGAAGAAUCCUCUUCCGAAGUGAAAUACAAUAUUUACGCUAUUAGGUAUCCAGUUAAACAUAUCCAUUAUAACAUGAGUCAGCAUGAGUUUGACAAUCAGUGCAGUUCACAUUUUAGAAUAUGUGUCAUAAAAUAAAUUGCAAUUCUCUCAUGAAAGAGUGUAGAAAACAGAGUGUGUGUACCUGUCUAAUUUGCUUUUCCUAGUGGCCUUCCUGCUGUCCACUCCCAAACAACCAAUUCACCAAAUUUCACAUGCAAAAAUGAAUCCUGUUUAAACACUUUCUGUACCAGAGGGUCUUGGCUUAACAGCCACUUGGCCUCCAUUUGUAUCCUUAAUCCAUCAAUCCAUCCAUCCAUCCAUCCAUCCAUCCAUCCAUCCAUCCAUCCAUCCAUCCAUCCACCCAUCCAACUAUUCAUUCAACUUCCAUCCAUAUCUCCCACCCUCCAUAUAUCUAGCUAGUUUUUACAUCACCAUCCUAUGGGGACUGCAGUGCCAGCAAGUGAAGUAGGGUAGAUCAGACUCAACUGCCUCUAGAAACAUUUUCCAGUUUUCCUUUUGGGAUUUUGCAGAUGUUUCCAGGGAAGCUGAAAAAAUAAUCUCUCCAAAGUGUCCUGAGUCUGCUCUGGGAUCUUCUUCCAUUGGACCAUGUCUAGUAUACCUUAAGAGGGAUAUCCAAAGGGGGACACCCUUACAAGUUGUGGAAACCAUUUCAACUGAUUCAUGUUGAAUCAUUCAACCACAACCAUUGCUGUAAUCCAAGAUCCUGCCAAAUAGUUCAGAUCCUCACUAACUCAUGAAGAAUGAGCCCAGAUAUUCUGCAGAUGAACCUAUGUUUUCCUGCUCAUGCAUAUGCUGUCACCCUUACAGUCACCAUGAAAAGCUUAUGACCACAGGUAAGGAUGACAACAGACUAAUCAGUAAAUAAAAAAAAUGUUGUCCUUUAUCUCACUUCAUUGUCUUUAUCUCUUAGUUCUCUCUAACUCACUCAAGAUCAAGAUCGGAAGAUACUUAAUCUCUUCCACUGGCACAUAUUGCCAUGAAAACUCAUGGUACUGGACUGCUGAGCUGCAUCCCUCCAAAAGCAAAUUUGCUGUUUAUUGUUUUUUAAUUUGAGCAUUUUGUUUAAAUCAUCUUUGCCAUUUCAGAACUCAGAAUUCUAAGCAUGUGUAGUGCACACUUAGAGUUCUGAGCUCUAUUAAAAAAGUCAGCUGCCUCUAAUGGAGUAUUUUUACAAUAGCUUAGCAUUUAUGCAUACUCCUCUUUUGAGAAUAAGGUGAUAUCAACUUAUUACAAGUCCUUGGCAUAGAAAUGCUGUUUCAGUGGGAGUUGCGUGGGUUGCUAGAUGAAGCAAUGACUAUCAUUUCCCAUCUUCCCAUACUUAUUAUAUAACUAGUGCUUAAGAGCCUGAAUCAGUGCUAGAAUUGUGUAGCAUAACUUGUAGACAGGGCUGCAAGCAUUGGAGAAAAGUAUGUUUUUUUUCUUUUUACUAAAUACUUUUUUUUAUUAAAUGCUAUGAUCUCCCUUGCCAAAUGACCUGAAAGAUGAUGAGUACUUUUUGAUAGUCAAUAGUGUGUGUGUGUGUGUGUGUGUGUGUGUGUGUGUGUGUGUGUGUGUGUGUGUGUGUGUGUGUGUGUGUGUGUGUGUGAGUGCACAGGGUUACAUGAUAUGAGUCUGAUAGCAACAAGUUCAAAUAUACCACUGUGGCUAUUGUGUAUAUAUUGAUUUAUCCAUUUGAGCACAGACACCUGAGGUGUUACACAGUCAAUAAAGUGGGUUUAACUGGUGGACAUGAAAGCAGUCUAUUGAUGAAACUGACUGAUCCCUACUAUCAUUUAAUCAGAGUUAAGCAUUCGUUGAUCUGGCUUGGCAAGUCUGGUAUGUGUUUGAGUUUAAUAAGAUGAAAUACAUUACUGUGAGCAACAUCAGUAAUAUUUUUUAUUUGAUUACAGUCAGACAUUUGACCCAGUUGAUUAAUCAGUGAAAAAACAUGCUUAUUGGCUCAGGCUGCACAUUAAUUAAUUGCUGAGAGAUUUUGUAGCAGUAAACACAGGGAAGGUAUUUGAAUGUUGAGACGGUGUUUGCUUGCUCUUUUGGAUCAGUGUUGUUACUGUGUGAUAUAACUUUUGUAACACAUUAUGCAAGUGGAAUUUUUGAUCCUCAAGAAGUGAAGAAGCUCCAUUUGACAGUAACUGCAAUGAAAAAUGUGUAGUAGUGUAUACAGUGAGUUUCUGUUAGAGGUGCAUAUAUAAAAAUGUGCCAUUUAUGUCAUUUAUAAGCAAAUGAGAUGUGGAUUUAUCUAAUAUUAUUUUAUUUUAUUUUCCAUUAUAUUUGUUAACUGUCAGGUGGGCUGGUCACAAACCCCUUUCCAGCCUGACCUGGACAGAAGAAAGAUGUGCAUAGAACAUAUAGACAAAACUGAAAACACGUUUUAGAAGCCUGCAAUGUCCUACACAAUUUGUAUAACUGUGAUACUGAAAGAAUAUAAAUGCAAAAUCUGCUGCCAUGUAACAAUCAUAUAAAUGUUCCCUAGUAUCUAUGAACUUCUAAACCUGAAUGGCAUUAAACAUUUUCUUGUUACUGCAAUAUUUUAAUACAGCACUGUCAUAAGCAGUGUUCUUUUUUAAAUACUUUUAAAAAUCUAGUACAAUGCAAUUCAAAUUAGUGAAAUCACUGCAUUCUAAUGAAUGCUUUCAAAUGUUUAAACUUCCUGGGUUGCAUUUUUAGAUGUAUUAGAAGCCAGCUAUCAAUCAAGAGCUGUUUCUAGUUUUUAUACUUAGAAAGUCAUUUCUCUCAACCAUACAGAAUUCCUCGGUAUUUACCAGUUUUGAGGGCAAAAUAAUAGUGUCCCAUGAAUUCCCAAGUGGCCCCUUUGAUUCCCGAUUUUUUUGUUUCAUUUUUAUUUGCAAUUUUAAGUUAUGGCCACAACACAGUCAACCAUUGGCAUCUGUACACAGCCAUUGUUGAGAAUUAUUUGCAAGCCUAAUAUGUUUUUAGUUCUGAAAUUGUUUCAGAAAUGUAAACUAGUCAUUUUUAAUUAUUCAUAUUUAAGAACCCUUUCUCUAAAUCUUCAUUUUUUACCACUCGAACACUUGCAAUGCACCAGUGCUAAACAAAUAAUAAUACUAAUAAUUAUAAAAAAUAGUUAUUUGUUUUAAAUGUUGUAGUUUGUAGUUCAAACUGCACCUUCCCAUUUUUUCUUUAUAAUGAACCUGUGACUUAUGUACUGUGGAGAUUGGAGUGUAAUAAUCCAGUGCUUCUUUAACUGAAUUUACUGAGAACAGUGAACAAACGUUGUGGGUGUGCUUAAUUAGAGACUGCUAAACAAUGAUUAUCUACCUUUCACCACUCAACACAGAAGAAGUCCUCUUGAUUUUAUUUAUUAUUUAUGUAUUCUUUGCUGAUUGGGUUAGUCCCACUUGACUAGUAGCCUCUUUGCAGGUGAGACCUGAGGUGGUAUUUAUACUACUAGGGGAAAUUUGUCCAGGGUAUUGGGGAACUUACCUUACUCUUUUCAAUAGGUGAUGUGGGAUCUUUUCCAUCCACCUGAGCUACCACCAGAUCAGGCAGAUGGGCCCUUAGUUUAACAUCUUAUCCAAAGGAUGAUUUCUAAGUUAUAAUUCUACUGUUAACAAUCUGCACCAAAUGUUACUCUCACAGGCAGGGGUGAGUUAGUAAGAGUGUAUAGAUGAUUGGAAGAUCAAUUUAAAUGGAUGCUUUUCUGUUAUCAACAAAGAAGCCUAUGCCAUCUAAAUUGUGAAUGCUAAAUAUGCUUACUGAUGCUUUCAUUUGUGUAAGAGCAGCCUGAAAAUCGAGAUAUAAAAAUACUUUAAGUUAUUAUUGAUUAGUUUUAAUAUUAGUUCCAGGGCAUGUUUUACAAUGUGCUCUACUUUGGCUCUUGGUAUAUAAGUCGGGUUGAAGGAGUAAUGAUUUGCUUAUGCAUUGUGGUUUAGGACCAGGAUAACUCUAUCCUUAUAAAGAGUUAAAAACAUGGGUACAUGAAGCACAAUCUGGUUCUGGAAUCACUGAGAAAUCUUACUAUGUGCACAUCUUACUACAUUUUUAUCUUUUAAUGAUUCUCUCAGUUCACAAAUCGGACUUUUUUUUUGCCACUGUAGAUUUUGCUGUGCUUAGGAUUUACUGGUUUGAGCAGCACUGAUUUCAGAAGCCCACUUUAUUAAAGAUGUGUGUUUUAUUUUUAAGAUGGUGAGUCAUCUAUAACACUUUGCUCUUACCAGAAAGAAAGACAUCUUCUGUACCAUAAAUAAAUAUAUUUCCAUCGA